CAUAAUGACGGAAUCGGCCGACUGUAGUAGUGAACUCAUCGAGCUCAUCGGUACAUUAUUUGACAAUUCUGACCAGUCGGACAUGUGCUUACUCAUCGACGGACAGGAGGUACAUCUACACAAACUUGUGAUUUUUAAGCAAAGUGAAGUGUUCCGCGAUUUGUUUGAGAAAGCGACGGACGCAAGCGACCUUUACCACCACAUCAACAAUACCAACGAGCAUCCCGAGUGCAUGCAGGUGUUUCGCAAUUUUCUUGAAUUUUUCUACACCGGAAAAAUCGAUCUGUCUACCGACACGAUUGUCCCUAUCGUGUUCCUGGCUUAUAAAUACAAAGUCUUGAGUUUAUCUGUAUGUUGCCACACAUAUAUUAAACGGUAUCUCUCCAAUGAGUCACCGCCCCCCGACAUCGACGUUGUAGCGGCCUGGUAUGUGCACACACUACUACAGGCCAGCGAUUUCGCUUGGCUGCGUGACCUUUGCUUCGAGAUGAUGAAACGUACAUUGUAUCAGCUGAUUGCCAGUUCAACAAGUUGGUAUAAAUUAAGCUUUGACGAUGUGUUCCAAUUGGUCCGCAACUCUGACGUCCUCGUGAAAGAUGAGUUCAGUCUGUAUGAUGCUAUGGAAACAUGGUUGGAGCAUUGUUACAAUGACGAUUCCGAACAAUUAUCGACCUCCCUCCAAGAAUGUAUACAGUAUGUACGAUUUCCGAUGAUGUCACCGACGCAACUGGCUAAAGUUCAGGAUUCAAAUUUGUGCAGAGAGCACCUGGAUUUGUACUCGCAGCUGUUAUUAGAAGCGUACCAGUUUCACACGUGUGGCACACAGGUAGAACCAGAUGAGUACUCCAGAUUUGUACUUCGAGAUUAUCUUAUACAACCAGAUAAAUUGCCUCGUCCACCGAGUCAGAAACCUACAACACCGCCCCCCAGAGAGCCAAGCGAGAAUGGAGACAGAGACACUAUGAAUAAUGGGAAUAACCGUCAUGCUGCAAAUACGACAGACGAUGAAAUGUCAGAAAGCGGAAGUGAGGACGGGAAAUACCCAUCUUCACAUUCUACAUCAGCAUCCCAGGAUGACUUGGAAAAUGAAUAUAUAACGAGCGACGUGGGAAAUGGUAACAACGAUGACGCCAUGAAUACACGUAGUGGUGGUUAUCAUUGUGACAACAGUGUGGAUACAACAACAGCACCUGUGACCGAAAACAGUGCCAAUAAUCUAAGUGACACUGGCCACGGCGAAACAAGUGGUGCCAACUAA